CUGGCGCGGUGAGGCGGCGGAAGGCGGGGGCACCGCGCCAUGGGCGGCGCCAUGUCGGGUGAGACGGCAGCCGCCGGGGGUCACACGCCGGCCCGCCCGUCCGCCGCGGCAGCCAUGGGACCGCGGGAGCCGCGCCGCCGGCUGGAGGCGGUGCUCGGCGCCCUCUACGACCUGGGUGAGGAGCCCGGCGGCGCCCGGCGUGCUGCGGAGGACGGCGAAGCGAGAGCGGUGCCGCCGUCAGCGGAGGAAGAAGAGGAGGAGGAGGAGAGACGGGAGCCGCAGCCGGCGGCGGGCGGGCGGCGCGGGGCCCGCGGCUUCUUCGGGGAGUUGCGGGCCGAGCUGAGCGCCGCCGGCACUGCCCCGCCGCCCCCCGCCGCCACGCCGGCCGUGGAGGUGGUGGUGUUCCGCGGGAGGAAGAGGAAGGAGCGGCACGGCCCCUCGGCAGCGCCCGCCGGCCGAGCACAGACCCAAAUAGUGAGUGAAGAGAAAAAUGCAGUCAGACAAGAAUUUAACUUUGAAAAGGCUCGCCUGGAAGUGCACAAGUUUGGAAUCACUGGCUACAAGAAGCAGGAGCAACGUGUUUGGGAACAGGAGCGUGCUAUCAUGCUGGGAGCCAAGCCCCCCAAAAAGACACACAUGAACUACAGGACUUACCAAGAGAAACUGAAAGAGAAAAAAGCAGUGAAAGAUGCUGAUAAGGAAAAGGAACAUAAAGGUGAUUCUAUUAAGAAGAAGAAGAAGCAGAAAGAACAGAAGGAGAGGAAGGCCAAAAGGAAGAAAUCAGUGCCUAGCAUUUGGCCUGCAGGACAAGUUGGAAAAUUCAGAAAUGGGACCUUGAUUCUGCAAAGCCGUGACAUAAAGAAAAUUAAAUCAUCUAAAGUUAGCAAAUGAACUUCAUGGUACAGAGUGAAAUGGACAAUAUUCAUAAGAGAAUUCACAUUGCUACCAACACAAGACUUCUGUGGCCUUUUGCCUAUCCACCAUAUCCUAAUUUUUUAAUCUUAUUUGUUAUUACAGGAUUUUUAUGUACCAUUCUACCUUGGGAUGAAUAUUAGAAUUUACCAUUUUAUAAAUAAAUAUUAGAGUUCUUAUUAAGAAGGUUAUACAGGCUAUUUUAUUAGUCAAUAUGUGCUGAAGAAAACAUUUCUUUUUGUAGAAUAAACUUAUUGGCUGUAAGUAAAAUACUCAUUUAAUUCAUAAAUUAAUGGAUUAAUAUAAAUAUAUCUUUCAUCCAGAAGGAAUUUGGAAAAAGCAAUAUCUUACUCACUCUGAACUGGAAGUAGGUGUUCUCCAAACAUUUAUUGGACAUAAAUCUUUUUCUGUAUCCUUAUGGAUUAUUAGUGGAUAGUGGAACUGCACAAUAAUUUUUCUGUCCAGUAAAACCUCUUAAUGUUUCAAAAUUACCUGCUUUGGAAUGAAAAUAGUACUUUUCUGAAGUUUUGUCCCAGGCAAGCAUUACACACUCAUCUUGUAUAUCUCCGUAGGGAUCUCCAAAUAAGCACUUUGGAAUAGUGGUUUGGUAGCUUGAUUGUUUGGUUUUUAAAAACAAAACCAUGUAAGAGUGAGCCAAAUGAGCAUGGACACUGAAAAGCUACUGGUUGUUCCAGUUAACUCGUGUUUGUUUUGAUUCCAUGCUUCUUAAGGCCUUUCCAUGAAAUCUUUACCAAAACUUCCUUUGGGUGCUAUUUGGAUUUCAGCAGUCUGGUGUUUCUGGAGCAACAUUGAUUGUCUUCUGUAGCUAAAUACUUUAUUUUGUUACUUUUAAGGUCCAUCCAUUAGAAAGGGCAAUUGUUAGUUAC